CACUCACUAUAUACAUUAUUAACAAAGUUUUAGAAUUACUAGAUUAUUUAUUUUGCUUUUAAAUCAUGAAGGACACAGUAAAAUUACAGUGACUAAGUGAAUCCUGCAUUUGAGUUAGAGACACACACAAAAUCAAACCGUAUAAAAUAUACAAUAUUGGAAGAAGCGCUGGACGGCAUCUACUCUGAUGGAUUCACUUAAAUUUGGGAUGCUGAGGUUCAAAAAGGUGGCAGGAUUUCCAGGAUUAUUUGGACUCCCAGUCAGAAGUUCCAGCCUGCCGCUGUUUGCUGAUGCCAUGCCACCACCAACUCAACUGGUUUUCCCCCUGCUCCGGAACUGUGAACUGAGCAGGAUCUACGGCACGGUGUGUUACUGCCAUCACAAGCACUUCUGCUGCUCAUCACCCCAUGGUCCUCAGAGUCGCCUGAGAUACACACCCCACCCAGCGUAUGCCACCUUUUGCAGGCCGAAGGAGAACUGGUGGCAGUACACCCAAGGGAGAAAAUACGCUUCCACGCCGCAGAAAUUUUACCUCACACCUCCACAGGUGAACAGCAUUCUUAAAGCUAAUGAAUACAGCUUCAAAGUGCCAGAAUUUGAUGGCAAAAAUGUUAGUUCUAUCCUUGGGUUUGACAGCAACCAGCUACCUGCAAAUGCUCCUAUCGAGGACCGGAGAAGUGCAGCAACCUGCCUGCAGACCAGAGGGAUGCUUUUGGGGGUUUUUGAUGGCCAUGCCGGCUGUGCCUGUUCCCAGGCAGUCAGUGAAAGACUCUUUUAUUAUAUCGCCGUCUCUUUGUUGCCCUAUGAGACCUUGCUGGAGAUUGAAAAUGCAGUGGAGAGUGGGCGAGCACUGCUGCCCAUUCUCCAGUGGCACAAGCACCCUAAUGAUUACUUCAGCAAGGAGGCCUCUAAAUUGUACUUCAACAGCCUUAGGACUUACUGGCAAGAGCUUAUAGACCUUAACACGGGGGAGUCAGCUGAUGUUGAUGUUAAGGAGGCUUUAAUUAACGCCUUCAAGAGACUUGAUAAUGACAUCUCCUUGGAGGCCCAAGUCGGGGAUCCCAGUUCUUUCCUCAACUACCUGGUGCUUCGAGUGGCCUUUUCAGGGGCUACUGCUUGUGUGGCCCAUGUGGAUGGCGUUGACCUUCAUGUGGCUAAUACAGGGGAUAGCAGAGCCAUGCUGGGUGUGCAGGAAGAAGAUGGGUCUUGGUCAGCAGUCACACUCUCUCAUGACCACAAUGCUCAGAAUCAAAGCGAACUGGAACGACUGAAAUUGGAACACCCGAAGAAUGAGGCCAAGAGUGUGGUGAAACAGGAUCGGUUGCUGGGCUUGCUGAUGCCGUUUAGGGCUUUUGGAGACGUCAAGUUCAAAUGGAGCAUUGACCUUCAAAAGAGAGUGAUAGAAUCUGGCCCAGACCAGAUGAAUGACAAUGAAUAUACCAAGUUUAUCCCUCCUAAUUAUUACACACCUCCGUAUCUCACUGCUGAGCCGGAGGUAACUUACCACCGGUUGAGGCCACAGGAUAAGUUUCUGGUGUUGGCUACUGACGGGUUGUGGGAGACUAUGCAUAGGCAGGAUGUGGUUAGAAUUGUGGGUGAGUAUCUAACUGGCAUGCAUCACCAACAGCCAAUAGCUGUUGGUGGCUAUAAAGUGACUCUAGGACAGAUGCAUGGCCUUUUAACAGAAAGGCGAGCCAAGAUGUCCUCGGUGUUCGAGGAUCAGAAUGCAGCCACCCAUCUCAUUCGCCAUGCUGUGGGCAACAACGAGUUUGGAACAGUAGAUCAUGAACGUCUCUCCAAAAUGCUUAGUCUUCCUGAAGAGCUUGCUCGGAUGUAUAGAGAUGACAUUACAAUCAUCAUUGUUCAGUUCAAUUCUCAUGUUGUGGGGGCAUAUCAAAAUCCAGAACAGUGAGUGGGCCCUGCCCUGGCAUGUCUCAAAUUCCAUUUAAAGGGCUGAGAGGUUGAAAGAGGUGAUCAUACCAUUACCAGUGGGUCUUUCUAAGCAUUUGCCCAUUUGCUACUCUAGCUCUAUCAAGUACUCCAAAUUGACUGCAGCAGGGUGGCAAGAUCACAAGGAUCUGACUCUGCCCAGCUCAGACCUCCCAGCACCUGUUUAUGAGUAUACUGAGUUUGUGAAUAUGGUGCUCCUUAUUGUGGGUGUCUCCAAACAUUGGAGUUUACCAAAUCCGAGAAAGUCGGGAUGACUGGGCAAGUAGGACUUUGAAUAGGUCAAAAGCAAAUGUCUUACUGAACAUACGUUCUCGGUAAAAGGGAAGAAACAUCACUAUUCACACUUGCACUCCCCUUUCUUCACUAAGAGUGGGAUGUACCCGGUAACAUUUAUUUAUUGCAUGACUUCCUAGAUACAUAAUCUAUGCAUUAACCAUCUGAAUUUGUUUUAGCCUGCAAUGGUUUUCCAGUCCAAUACUUAAGCCAUAAAUGACCAAGAACCAAGCAGUCUGAAUGUGUUCAGUUUUGUGGUGAUCCCACUAAAACACUUCUUACUUGGAAGAACAAACUCUUGCUCCCGUCCCCACCCCUAGGUUCCUCAUGUGUGUAAGCGUUUUCUGUGCCACACACUUGAAAACAAAGAUUUUUAAUUUUAUCUACUCUUAUGCUAAAUAAAAAGCAUUUUUUGUUUGUA